UAUAACUAAAAGCUUUUCUCGACAGCUUUUACUUUGAAGGCCAGAUCCCCGCUCUUCCUGUAUCCUCCGCGCUGAGUGCGUGCGCCUUGACGCUCCUCCCUGUUGCUGCCCGGGAGCGAGCGCACAGUGAAGCGCUCGGCUGUUCGUGUGCUGUCGCCGCUGUUCAGUCCGCUAUGCCGCGGGUCCAGCGUGUCAGCUGUGAUGAGGCCGUGUAAUGUGUCGCACCGGACGGGCUCCCCGACACGCCGCACUUUCCCCUCUUCGCCCCUGCUGAAGAAGAUGGUGUCUGGCGGCUAGUUCCAACUUCGGACUCCAGUCCUUGGUGGUUUUUUUUUUUUUUUUUUGUUAUUUUUGUUGUUUUUUUUGUUUUUUUUUUUUCCUUCCUCCCCCCCCUCGGCGAAGCGCACUGAAAUCAGUUGAGGGAUCUUGAGAUGACGGAAGUGGAGCCAGUGUUGGACUUUGCCUCCUCCGGACGCUCGGGGAGGCGAAAUGCCCUGCCUGACAUCCUGGGCUCUCCGGCCGGCGUAAACCCUGGAGACCUGCCUCUUAAACUAGCUGAGCUCUCCCUCAAAGAUGGUCCGGGAGGGGCCCAGUCUCCCACGGCGGAGGAGCAACCAGCGCCGCCGGAGGGCUCGGAGGGGAAAGAGGGAUCGUAGGGACUCGUUUAUUUACCUCCCUGGAAACCUGCAGAGAUAACCUGAGAGAUGGGAUGAGGAACGAGAUAGAGGAGAGUUGGGGGGUGGGGGUGGGGAGGCGACUUGAGAGCGUGACGGUCUGUGGAGACUCAGCUUGUUUGAGAAGCAGCUGCAGCCACAGAGGGAGCGUGACGGACCGACUACCCCAGGACUGAAGCCGGGAGCUUAGGACUUCUUUUCUGAAAAGAGUCAGACGCUACUUAGUUAUAGAAAACACUGAGUGUGUGUGUGUGUGCGUAUGUGUGUGUGUGUGUGUGUGUGUGUGUGUGAGCUAUACACACACACACUGUGGACACACUGAGAAUCAAAGACCAUGACAGAUUGUAUACUGUACACUACUAUUUUUGUAUGAUUUAUUUAAAAUGAUAGAAAAACUGGAAUUCGUGAGUCGGACUGUAACAUGUACCAUUUCCUGCUGAUUUUUCUUUAACGGUACAUUUGUACGCAACUGGGAACUCACUCACUUACCUACUUACGCUUUUACACUAAAUGUGUAUUAUCUACUACAGGUUUUCAAAUCUGAGGUGGUUGCACAGUGUAUCUACGUUGUAAAUGUACAGUUUUUACCCCUCUCUCGCCCAGACUGUUUCCAUCUUAGCAACGACGACCAGGGAUUCGAUCCAUUGGUUUGUUUUUGGUUUUUUUAGGUGUCCAUAUGGUGCAUAAUGUGGAAGAGCCGUCCUUAUCUUGAGACAUUCCUGUAGAGACUAGUGUCCCACUGCCAGCAACGUACACACUGCUUCUUAUAAUACUGGGGGGAAGAAAAAAAAGAAAAAAGACUGUGAUGUACUUUUGUUUUUUUUGCUCAAGGCUGCUUUUAAAAGUCUCUUCACUCUCCAAACCUCUGAAAAUGUGUCUCGUGGCAGUUUUACGACCGAAAAACGGAAAAUGUUUGUUGUGUUUUUUUCUUUCUCUGUGAAGUACUGUUAACCACUCUUUUGGGCUACUGAUAUUUCCUGUUGUUUUUAAUAGGAGGUAUCAUCACACGUCUUUACUGCUUGAAUUGUAAAUGAAAGAGAAACAAAAAACAAAAACAAACACUUUUGUAACACUCUACAAAAUCUGCAUUUGCAGAUCCGACAGGAGAAGCAACUGAGCUGAGCUUUGCUUAACUUCAGCAGGGCUUUAUUUUCUUCUUCUUCUUCUUCUUCUUCUUCUCCUUCUUUAUUCCAAAGGCUCCUCACACGUGCUUCUUAUAUUAUCAACAGCAUAUGCCCCGCUGCCUGAGUAAGGGAGCAGGCAUCGAGCAACAACACCGCCGCCACAAUGUGUUUUUCCGUGUGCCGAAAAUGGCAGCACACUCGCCUUUUGCCUCUCCAGAGUCUGUUCACACUCAUCGACACAUGAGAAGAGCUGUGAAUAGAGAGAGAGAGAGAGAGAGAGAGAGAGGGAGCGAGGAAGAAGAGCACAGCGAGGGUCCACGGUUUGUCAACUAUCAACUCACUGCUACUGUAUAUAUACUGUGUUGUAGUAUAAUCCAUGUGUCAUACAUGCUACCUGUAUGAUUACCAGACUAACUGUACCCGCGAAGAAAUGAUGUUCUGUAAUUGUUUCUAUUUGAAGAUUUGUCGUCGGUGGCCGUGUCUUUAUGUGGAUGUGUUUUCAAAAAUGCAACAAGGGAAGCCUGGUGUGCUGCUGCCCAGCCAGCUGUUUCUGAUGCUAUAGAGCUGACGAGGAAGCGUUCAUGGUCGGAUCUGAAGCUGUACGAUCAACACUUCUUUUUCUUUUUUUUUUUCUUUUUCUUGUUUUUGGAGCAGAGGUUUAUUUUGUAGUGUCCUGAUCUUUUAAGUGGUGCAUAUAUUUCACUUGGCGGGAUUGAAUCCCACAUGUUGAUUCUAUCUGCUGGUGAAAAUUGCCAUAUUAAACCCACAAGCUUUACAUAUACAACCGUGUGGUGAACAGUGUCAUUUCUGUGGAAGGCCCUCAGUCCUGGUGCGUCGCUUUGAGGUUUCGGCUAAUUUAGAAAAACUGCCAUGGUAACAGGUUAAACUAAGAUGCUAAAUAUGAGCAUGUUAGCGUUGUCACAGUGAGCAUGUCAACAUAUAGGCAUUAGCAUUUAGCUCAAAGUCGGUCAAAUCACCCAAAUCAGAAGUUUCCAAUAUUUUCCAACCCAACGGCCCAAUUGAAAAUCUCUAAAAUGUUGGCGGCCCACAUCCGACCCCGUAACAGUAAUAAAGCCUUCAAACAUUCA